UGACAGGCGUUAAAGUUCACUGCGAUCUUUGUCUGCUUGAUUGUGACUUUUCGAAAAACACUGUGAGCUGUCGUGAUUUAUUCGUUCCCAUGCGAGCGAUGUGGACUGGAGUGACACAUAAGAGAUAGGACUUUGGGAAAAGGAUAUUGAUCUUUAACUUGUAACCAUGGCCGAUGAUUUUGGAGAGUGGUUAGGUGAUCAUAUCUACGUUCCUAUUCUGGCUGGCAUGGUAAUUGCAUUUGCUCUCUUAUUUUUGAUCUACUGUGGCUGCAAACGAAGAAGGUCUCGAGCGAGCUACUAUGUCUACAAGCGUCUGGAACAUGAGGCUGAGCUGGCCGAACAGAUGAACAGAGAGAGGGAGACUCAACAGAAUGUCCUGAGAGACGCCUCGUUCAUGAACAGCCAGUACUACCUGCGAUCUCAUCCUUACUACACCAACAUGCAGCAGUUCAAAGACUUGGGCAGCCGCAUCGACAAGCACUGGUUCCUGGUCACAGACAUGAGGAACAACCAGGAGAGAGUGCUGAGCUGUAUGCAGUUUAAUUCCAAGAUGGCCGUCCCCUUCACUAAGACCACCUGCAAGACUCUCAAGGAUUUGUUCUCUCUCUUACAGCACCCGCACAUCUUCCCCAUCACGGACUUCGACUUCUCCGUGGAACAGAAUCUGAUCUUUGUCUUCCAGCCGGUCAGCCUCAAGGGCUCCCUCAAAGAUCUCAUAUACCAGUGUCGCUACUCAGAGAGCUGGUACUCCAAGUACAGUCAGAGACAUAAAGGACUUCCCGUACAGAACAUCAAAACCUACGGCAAGCAAGUACUUACGGGACUAUUGUACCUGGAAGAAAAAGGUUUCCCUCCCCACGGCAACAUCCAGUCAGGGAACGUCUUGAUGGACAACGGAGUCUGCAGGAUCGCUGGCUAUGAGAACAGGUUCCUCGCCAACACAUCACGCGUUUACUCCCUGGUGAAGAAAAAACUCAAGGAUGAGAACAAGGGAGCUUUGGACACGCUUUGUGUUGGACACCUGCUGUAUGAGAUGGCUUUUGGAUACGAACUUGACGCUGCCCACCCUGAACCGCAGCAUCUGAUUGGUCACCAGUCUCCAGUGGUUGUUGAGAUUCUGAACUUCAUAUUUGAAAAUGAAACUGGAAAAUACCCGACCAUUUCUGAGGUCAACAGUCACGAGUUCUUUGCCAGCGUGGGUCUGAAUGAGAUGAAACGUUACAACCCGGUCAAGAUUCAUCUGAGUGAGCCGAUGAAGACACUUCUCAAAGCCGUGAAGAAGGACAAGCCUCUGAAACCUCCCAAACCGUCCUCCCAGUCUGCGAGCAAAAAAAAACGCUCCAAAGGCAACUCCUCGCCCACCACCAGCCAAGUGACAUCACCAACGGCCGGCCCCUCCGGACUCCACACCCAACUGUCGACGUCCGCGAUACCCCCACCCCCACCCCCUCCCUCAGCCCCUAUACCACCACCACCCCCACCCCCGGGCGGCAGUCUCCCUCCUCCUCCUCCUCCCCCGGCCGUCUCCUCCCCACCGUCCAGCUCCUCGGGUAGAUCGGCUCUGCUGGGUGACAUCAGGAAGGGUUCCAAGUUGAAGAAAGCGAUCACGAAUGAUAGGAGUGCCCCAAAGGUUUAGUUGGCUUAGGAUUCAUUGUAUACCAUGUCCAUUUGUUAGGUUUUUGUUUUGGUCAAGGUAAUUCUUUGCCAUAUUGACAGGCCAAAGGGUUAGAACUGAAAUGGCUGCUGUAUCUGAAAAGUAAAGUGAAGUAAAAUCAGUUCUGGUCAAGGUAUCAAGUGUCACAUGUUUAUAUCCCUCUCAGCCCGGGUUGUCCCUGAUAGGAAGAGUUAAAGCCCGCCUCCUAAACGAUUUAAUUGUGUUGAUUUGAAGGGGGUGGGGGGUAAAAACACCUAAAUAUAUUUUUUAAGUUAAAAAAUUGAAAAUAUACCAACUGUGUUUAAGUUAUUAGGACAUCCUGGUAUUAGUGAUGAGAGUUUUGUUAAUGUUUAGGCGACCUCCCCCAUAUGACAGUAAUUCCCCAACUUUUGCAAAUUCACUUCGGCAUGGAAUUAUUUGCUGUGAUGACACUUUUGGUGAAAGUGCAGUUUUAGCAUUAUUUGUUCAUCAAAUUUAUUUCAAAAAUUUUUUUAAACCGUUCUCUGAUCAUUGGGGAUGUUCGCUGGGUAUUUUUUAGACUGCAAUGAUCAUGUUGGGAUGCCAUUUUGUCGUAAUAUGGAAGUUUAUGAAUAAAAAAAAUAUACAUGUAAAAAAGAUACCCGGAACCUGAAAAUCUGUUUGCUUAGUGUGUGUUCUGCUACAGUGCAGCCUGUCUACAUAACGGCCUUCGAUAUAACGACAUUCUCUGUAUAGCUACAGUUUGCUCGGGUCCCGAUUUUUUCUUCUUAAUAUCGUUAGUAAUUUUUUGUUUCCUCUCUAUAACGACAUUUUUUUUCUGGUCCCGACGAUGUGGUUAUAGAGAGGCUGCACUGUAUGUGUAUGUUAGACUGUUUGCGUGCCAUACUGGCAUCUAUUUAAAAACAUGCCACAUCACCAUCUGUUGCUUUAUUGUUAUACCGUUCACCUUUGUGUGCACAAGACUUGAGAUCAAAGCCCUCAUAGGGAAGUUAUUUAUUCGAAUGUUUCAGUCUGUCUCUCUCUGCUAGCCUGUUGUACCCGGCUUAACCAUGUUAUCUGUCCAAUACUCACAGUCCAAAAGUUGACUUUAAAAAAAGUUUUCCUUCCAUAGUGCAGACGAUAGGGUCUGUACAGUACUACUCUAGUGUUUUUAGAUGUGCACCUUGUGUCAUUAUAUUAUCAUCACCAUCAUCAUAUCAUCAUCAUCAUCAUCAUCAUCAUCAUCAUCAUCAUCAUCAUCAUCAUCAUCAUCAUCAUCAUCAUCACUCGAAUGGAGUUAUUUGGAUGAGUGGAGGUGUCUUUGAGUAUAAUGAUAAUUGAGCGGAAAAAAAGCCUCACUCUCGCCCGAAGAAAUCUUCAUGGAGUCUACCAAGCCCAUUAUGGAAAUAAAAA